AAAAAAUGGGAGGAAAUGCAGGAUGUCAACAGGAUGUGAAGGUAACGUUCCGUUUCCACUGUCAUCAAACUUCGCCACAAACUCGGGCCUUUCCUUGUGCACCUUUAGCGUCAGGACAAGACAUUCACCGCCCAAACAGAAAAGCAUAGCAGUCAGUGCCUAGCAAGACAUUUCGUUUUAUUCAAAGUCAAAAGGUCUCACACGUUCUAUCUUUAUUGGCUAGAAGAAUAACAUGUCCACGUGACGGAUGUGAAGCAUUAUUCAGGAACUUUUGUAGUUUCAGUACUCGUACCUUUGUGAGCGAGACCUUAGCGUUUGAUAAGGCUACGAUAAGGCCCAAACGUCGGCCGAAGCCUCGCUCCCUUGGCGGGUAGCCACACGACAUCCUACAAUAAUUGGCGCCAUAGUUUGAGAUAUACAUAAACGCCUUGUGAUAUGUUGACGAAGCAUAUCCUAUUAUCUGUCGUUGAAUCUGAUAACGAUAAGGAGAUAGCCGUCGAAAGGCUUCCAAGAGACGAGCAGAGGCCGUGCUUGUAGUGGCGGCGUCUAAACCCCUCGGAUUACACCAGAAUCGCCUGAAUCUCAAACCAACUAGGGGUCUAUGGGGAUUCAUUUAUGUAAUCCAGUUAUUUAGGUUUGGUUGAACAUUGCGAGGGAGCCGAACUCAUUAAAGCCGACCACGAACUAUACUUGAAUAUUGUUACCCAGCGCCACUGAGACUUUCCGUGGAACACCACAUACCACAAACUUCUCGAAAGAAACACGAAAAUAGCUAAGACGAGCUCCCUGGGUCCCAAUGACUAGCGAGGCGGAGCUGCGAGCCCGCUAUCAGACCAGCAGGUUUAGGGAAGCUGGACUACAGGUGUCACCGACACAGGCCGACGAAGGCUCGGCCGAUCCGCCCCAAGCACCGAUUAUCGAUAUUGCCGAACCAAAUAUCUCGGAAGAGGAGGAGCCGAGGGGCCUGAUGCCGAAUGAGGAAGAUCCAGCGGCUGCCAAUAUAGAUACUGAGCCUAUAGGGGGGGACGAGGAAGAUCCAGCGAUUGCCAGUGCAGAUACCGAACAUAUAAGGGUGGAUAUUGAACCUGCCAGUAUAACGGAUACACAAAACGAUGAUGGCUCCGCCCUGCAAAGGCCAAACCUCGCAGAUGAAAGCUUGGGUAUCCAAACCGAUCCAACACCCCCAGCAAGCCAGCCAUCGACUUCGAACGUGCCAUCAUCAACACCGUCGUUAAGCAACCAAGAGGAAAUACAGGCCCAAACGGUGACCGAUGAUGACCCAGGAGAUGAUGACCCAGGAGCUGGCGUACCAAGUAGUCAUGAGUCUCCCGUGGAAUCCGAUAUUUUAACACUACCCCUGAAUCAGAGUGGCGACAUUCCUCCACAAUCGCCCAUAUCCGCCGAACCGGAGACCCUAGAGACAGAAGACAUAGGGGGUCCGGCUCCUGCUGAAAAUAUUGAUAAUGGCCAGUUAGAUGGAACAGUUUGCUCCACCAGGUACCUUCGAGAUGUGCAAAGAAGCGAAUCCGAUGUGGAGCAAGAACGCCCGUUAACAAGUCAGAGAGAUGAGCACGAGGUUGUAGCGAGUACAGAAGACACGGGUGGCGAUGAAGCUACACUCAAUACUACUGGCCCCCCACGAUGGCAGCCUGAUGCAGAGGUGACAUACUGCCCUAUUUGUCAAACACAGUUCAGUUUUUUUGUCAGAAAGCACCAUUGUAGGAAAUGCGGAAGAGUUGUUUGUGCUAGUUGUUCACCUCAUCGCAUAACGAUCCCGUACCAAUUUAUAGUCCAGCCGCCUGUAUCUGGACCGGCAACAGCACUUCCUAUAGCGCCACUGGCGGGUCGUGAUACAGAUAACCUCCCACAGUUUGGGGGCACGAAAGUCCGGUUAUGCAACCCCUGUGUCCCGGAUCCAAACACAUUGCCACCACAGCCUCAGCGUACUGCGGCUGAUGAACGCUGGAGAGAUGCACCACCGACAUACUACCUGAGUUCCAACAGCCGUCCGUAUUCAUUUGGUGAACAGGACAUGGAAAAUCUAGAACGCCAAGCCAGUGCAGCUUCUGUGAGAUCCCGUGCCGUCAGCUCAACAGGCGCUACCCACCGUCACCAGCGCCAGCUAUCACAAAGUCCCUACCCACCAAGAUCUAGCAGCCAGACUUCGUACGUCGGCGGUUCUUCCUACACCGGGCCCCACCACUUGAACCAAGGGCCCUCGUCAUACCAACGUCGCUAUCCAAACCGAAAUCUCCCCGGCCCCCGCCAUCAGAGCCACCAAAGCCUCUCAAUGUCUUCCACCGGUUCUCCCAGCAACGCCCAACCACACUACCGCUCCCUACUCGACCCAUUCUCCUCCCAGCAGCCCCAGCCCUCAAACUCCGGAGUCGACACAUCCCGACCUCUGCCUCCAAUCCCCCGCAUCCGCGAAGAAGACGAAUGCCCCGUCUGCCACCGCGAACUCCCUUCCCGCACCCUACCUGACUUCGAGUCUUUGCGCUCAAACCACGUCACCGAGUGCAUCGAGGAGCAAAUUGCGAUCCACAGCGGCCGUCCUCGCCAGCAGUCCCCCGCGACCGUUCCAGCGAGACAUGAACGCCCAUCAGCUACGACUAUGAUUUCAAGCAUAUCUACCCCAGAAUUCCGCUCGAACUCACCCAACUCAGCUACCUCAUCCGCGUCGUCUCAGGGCGAUCUCAACCUCGCCCAAGCCAUCAACUUGCAGCCGCCUGCUCCUGACAUCUCAUCUUUCCCCAACACUCCCGAAGGCCGAACGGCAUUCCGCGAAGCGCAACACGCCGCCGUGGUCCUCGGACACACGCGCUCGACAUCUCACUCGCCCCUCGCCCACCCAUCUUCCUCCUUCUCACCCGAGCCGCGGCGGACGGGGAUGUUCCCUUAUAAAGCGACGGAGAAAGACUGUGUAGAUGACGCGGAAUGUACGAUCUGUCUCGAGGAGUUUGAAGUCGGGGAGCAGAUGGCGCGGCUGGAGUGUUUGUGUCGGUUCCAUGAGAAGUGUAUUAGGAGUUGGUGGGAGGGGAAGCCGGGGAGGUGUCCGGUGCAUGGGCAUGAUGCGUGGGGGCUGUGA